AUGACCUAUUUACUCACCCGUCGCAAUUCGACCCACUAUUAUGGCGUCGAGAAUUUAAGAACUGUUUUAGAAAGGCCUGAUGGCGUCGGUUUGCUUACUGUGUCAAAUCAUGUGUCGACGAUCGACAGUGCGAGUCUCCCCUCUCCUGUCGUCUCCUUUCGUGAUAUGUUGAAUCCCCACAACUGUGGGUUUUGGAACUUGGCUCGCGAGGACCAGACCUCGGAAACCACCCUGAAAGCUAUGAUCGUAGCAACUGUAAAGAUCAUGCCAGUCUGGCGAGGCGGUGGCGUGUACCAAACGGCCGUCACCAAUUUCAUCGCUCGUCUGCGGAACGGGGAAUGGUGCCACAUCUUCCCAGAGGGCCGUACUUAUCAAGAUCAAUUGAAAUCGUGCUGGAAUAGCGAAGGCUGCCGAAUUCGAGCCAGCGGUCGCACCGGGCCUCCAGGACGAAGUCUUGGACCCAUGAAAUGGGGAGUGGGGCGCGUAAUUUACGAGACUGCAAAGCGAGAAGGGGAAAAGACGAACACGUUUGCUAAUGGUGUAAACAAUGGAAAACUGAUCAUUUUGCCGUUCUACCAUUUGAAUAUGGAAAAAGUACUUCCAGAAGCGGAAGAUUUGAGUGUGAUUAGCAUCAUUCCGGGGAAAAAUGUGGAUGUGUAUUGCAAGGUAGCGUUUGAACUUGUGGUUUGA